CCUCGUGCCACAACCUCUCUGGCUGCUAUUGUUGGCUUGUCAGCUGCACGCGACGCGGAACGCAUCCAUCUGUUACCUCUUUUUUCUUGUGAAGGAAAACAAUACUAGACAAACGGACGUUACCAACCCUCAAUUUGGACUCGAAAGCUGGGAGUUUGUUUCUACGGCAGAACGCGACGAGGCGUGAAGCUGCCCGCCGGUUGGCGCCCUAUGGUCAACUCCUACAAAAGUGUAUGGCCUAAGCAACGAGUGCGAUGAGCUGGGCCGAGGAGGACUGGACGGCAGGCCUGUCGGGACGGGUUCUGCAAAAGGUGAAGGAGCUGCAGGCCCACCAGGAGCGGCUGUCCAGAGAGAACAAGCAGAAACAGCUGCAACUGGACAACAUCCACCUUAGCCAUGACAAACAAACUGUUAAGUACGAGGAGAUGCGUGGGGAGCUCCACGCGGUGCGCAGGGAGCUCCAGAGUGUCCGGGAGGAAGCCCAAGUGGCCUUGAACGGAGAGCAACGCCUCACCCAGGAGCUUCAGACCAAGCAAGCCCAAGUCUGCUUUUUGGAGGGGCAGCUGGAUGCCGCCCGGACCGUUAACAACAAACUCACCCAGCAAAUUAAAAGACUGGAGGCAGAACUAGAGAAGCUGCAGAAUGGCAGUAGGUCAACGGACAGCACCCCUUUCGCCACGCCCUGCUGGAGUGCAAGCUCGCCAUGGGAACACCACGGGAGCCGCAAGGACGAGAGGAUGGUGCAGAAUGAGGAAAUGCAGAGCUCCCCAUACAUUUGUCGGCUCCAGUUCCCUGACACCCCGUCUACUUCGUUGCCGCGGCUACACAAGACCACACCACGCAGCCACCCAUCCGACCCUUUUUCCACUCCCUUGGCUGCGUUUCCGUGGGAGCGGGACGACCCCAGGCCAGCGGCCAGGCGAGCAUCUCCGUCAUCUCCCCAGACGCCAGUUGCUGACCACCAGUCAAAGCGGGAGGUGCCUGAGAGGGAGAAAGACCUCAGUACACAAGCAGACAUGUCUUUGUCACAAAUGAGACAUCAUGCAUCGUCUCUGGAGCAAGAGCUGAGCGAAAAGACGGAGACGUUGAAAUCACUUCAGGAUGAAGUGGCGCUGGGCAAGAAAAAGAUGGCCGCCACCGAGCUCAGCCUGCAGAGAGCGCACAACGAACUCAGCGGUGCACACACGAGAAUUGCUCAGGAGACCGAACGGGCGUCGGGAGUUGAGCAGAGGCUCAAGCAGCUUCAAGAGGAGCUCAAGUGUCAGCGGCAGAAUGCUGAUAGCAGCCGACUGCAGCACCAACAGCGCACCAAGGAGCUGGACAAGCAACAUCAAAGGGACCUUCUGGAGCUUCAGAAGGAGAAACAGUGUAUGGAGAAACAGCAUCAACAGGAAGUGAAUAAACUCAACCAAGAGCUGCAGCAGGCCAGGACGCUUCACAACGCCCUGCAGGCCCAAGCUGACAAGCUGUCUCAGCAGAAACAAACCCUGGAGAAAGAGUUGGAGUCUCUAAAGGAGAAAGUCAAAUUCACAGAGGCACAGCUGCAGGAGAGUCAGAAAAAAGAGACACAAAUACAAGCAAAACUGAAGGAGGUGAUGCUUGAUGCUGAGUGUGUAGCAGUGAGUCUGGAGCAGAGCAAGAAGAGAGAGCGAGCGCUGGAGGAAGAGGCGGGCAGGCUGGCGGAGGAGAAAGUGGAUGCCCUUCGCCUUCUCAAAGAACUACAAGAACAAAAAGCUUCACCCCUCCCAGAUUGCACACCGCUUGUCCUGGCUUGUGCCAUUGGACAGAACUCCUCAUCCCAACCCUCCUCUCGUCACACUCGGUCGUCCGCGUACACCAAAAGGCCUGCCACCCUCCGAGCUGAGCCGAGUGGAGUGAAACAAGAGGAAGAGGUCCAGCAAAGGGCAGAGAUUUCCGUUUCGUACCCGCCAGACCGAGAGCCCGGAGAAGGCAUUGAUUCUGAGCACAUCAUUGCAGACACCGAAUGUUCCUGUCGAGGAGUAAACUAUGAGGAGAAGGAGUCCUCUUCAUCUAGCAAUGCCCCCGCCGAGGGGAAGAAAGACACAAUCGUUCGCGAAACUCUGAAGUCUGAACAAACGGUUUGCACGGACAACCUCCAGAGGGAGAACGCCUCGCUGCGUUCGGAGCUGGGCGACAUGCGCGAAGCGCUCCAGAAGCAAUUGGACGACCUUGAAGUUCAGCGGUGUGCCGAAGUGGAGACCAGGACGCGUUUGAAACAGCUUAGCCGUAAACACGCCAGCCAGGGUGCCGAGAGGGAGGAGCAGGACAAGCAAUGGAAGGCUCAGUUGGAGAGGGAGAAGAGCGAGAAUGAUAGGUUGAGGAAGACUUUGGCGGCUUUGGAGGAAAGAGAGGAACGAGACGGGACGACGCAGGCACGAGAGGACCGAGAGGCGGAAAUGAUGCAGCUUAACCUCCAGCUGAAGCAGCAGCUUGGGGAAGUGAAAGUCCAACUGGCUUUAGAACGAGAAGGGCGAGAGCGAGACAACAAGGAGCUAACUCAAAUCGCUGCCGCUGAGAGAGAAGCAAACAAACAACUCAUUGUCAGACAGGAUGAACUUACAGCUCAGCUUGCUGAGCUGAAGAGCGGCAAAGAUGAAGAAUCUCUAUGUGAUGCGAAAGUGGUAGCCAGCAGCCCACUGACUUACAUGACUCUCCUCAGUGACGGAUUCGACUCCAACAACAGCGUCUCGGAUAACCAAGUGCCAUCACCGGAGCAGUACGCCCACUUCUGCCAAUCGACCAAUCAGCUCAACACGCCGCCCUCCCAGAACACAACAAUGGCGCCGCAACUCUCAGAGCUGUCACAUGAGGGACAAACUGGGCAAAUUGAGUUGGAAGACACCUCUUCAGAUCAUCUCCGCAAGGACGAGUCAGAGUCCUCCGACCUCACAGAGGAGAUUGAACGACUGAGGCAAGAAAAUGCACAGGAGACGGAACGUGCUAAGCAGCUACAAUUUAAACUGACUGCCCUUCAAAACCAGCUGACCAGUCAGACCAAGCAGCUGACCUUGGGCUUCGAGAAGCAGAGCCAGUACAUCUCAGGACUUCUCACUGAACUACAGGAGAAGGACGGCGCCCUCCUCAGCCAGGGGGAAGAACUGCGACGCUGCAUUCAAGAACUGGACGCACUCAAGGAUGAGGGAAUGGGAAGAAAAGUGGGAAAAAUUUCCACGGUGGAGAAUUGCAUCCUCACACACACAAGCAACUUGGUCGCAAAGAAAGACGCCCUGCCGACUGCGCUCAGUGUGUCGCAUGACAUCACCUCAGAGAAAGGACAAAGUCAUGAUGAGAUCAUCAACCAUCUGCAGACACAGGUGGUGGCGCUGCAGAAGGAGCUAGAGGAACUCACCGAGGUAGCCCGGCAGCAGGCUGAGGAGUUGUCCAUUUGGAAGUUGGCUUCUCAACCCUCUUCCGCGUUGGAUCAUGUCCUUCCCAGCCGAUAUGAAACGCCAACACAGCGCAGCGUCAAGGACCAUAGUGCAGCGUUGGUCAUCAGAGAGGAUGAGGUGUUGCUCUCUUGCGUCUCCAACAGGCUGCAAGGUCGCAUGCUCUGCAACAGCGUGCACCAGAACAACAUGCAAGUGAUGAGCAUCCUGCAGGCCCCAGCUGACAUGAACACGCCGUCAGAUAAGGACACCCAGCUGUCAGGACCAAAUCGGAGCCCACACAAGUUUUCCGACCAAGAAACGGGCCAGGACCACGUCAGCAAAGUUCCCGCACAAACUUCAGAUGGCAGCUGGACGGCGAGCAAACACUUGAGCCCAAGCACCAACUGCUCGGCCACAAGUGUCAGCACUCAAACUGAGCAUCUGCGCUCGGGUGCCACCGAGGAGCUACCUGAGCGCCACUGCGCGCACACGCAGACCGUCACUGAGAAAAAAGAUUCAGAUGACGUUUCACCCCACCAACCACAAGCCGCGCCAUCUGCAGGCCGAGAGACGGGAGACAAAAUCCUCUUUUCCACUUCCUUCCCCAUCCCGGCCGACCCAGUGCGUCUGGCCGAACGGAUACGACGAAACAGGAUGCAGCUGUCUGCCGCUUUUGACGACACCGAAUAUGAACCCUACGGUCUCCCGGAAGUUGUCAUGAAAGGUUUUGCAGAUAUCCCCACUGGGGCCUCGUGCCCCUACAUUGUGAGGCGGGGCUUGUUAGGGACCGCUGUUGUGCCCGUCAAUCAGAAGGAGGCCAUCCCGGAGGACGAGACGGAUUGAUCACAGGUAUUCUACUUUUCAGGUGGAAGAAAAUAAUAUUCCCCUAGAACAGAACCAUUUACUGUACAUUUCACGAUAAGAACAAAAGACCUUCCAAACUUUUUUUUUUUUUUUUUGAAGAGCAUAAAGAAUUUAUGCCUCCAACUCUCACUGCAAAUGUCAGCAUGUGUUGCUACUCUCGCUCAUGAUCAAAUAGAACUUGCUUCAAGGUUUUUAAUUAGCGUGACAUCAAUGGCUUUUUUUUCUUCAUUAGCCUGCUUUUGGCAGUUAUGUGUUAACGUAAAGCUAACAGAAAAGUCAUUUCGUUUUGGUUGAUGCGUAACGUUGAGUUCUUUGGGGUGUUUUGGUUAUUGUUGUUUUUUUACAGUAAACUAGGAGUGACAGAUUAUGGCGCUACCACUAUAUAGUGCUAGUAGCAACAAAAAAAAAAAAAAAGGCUGACCAACGCCUCAUACCUCGAAUAAUUAUGUAAAGAAAUAAUGAUUUUCAGAGCUGGUGCAUGGUCACGUGUGCAUUGGGGUGGUGGAAAUGAUCCCUAGUGAUGGACGCAGAGCGUGGUGGGCUUGAACACAUGCACAUCUACACUUUCGCUUUGCACCUGAUGCUUUGCUCAUUGUUACUUCUGGCCCCCCAAAAAAAAGCAAAGAGACUAUUUAGGCUUCACUAAUUUCAUGAACUUGUGGUGUGAAGACACAGUGAAGCAGAGGCUUGGGUUUUUUGUUGGUUUUUUUUGCAAGAGAUAACUUGUUUUUUUUCUUCAAGGUCAAAGGGUCCGGUUGUAAAAUGUGAAAUUUGUGCUGUUUAUUUUCACAUGUAGCUUAUUUAUAGACACGUGAAUGUGUUUUAGUGAAGGGCAGGUGUUUAGGUAAACGCCUUUUGUGAAAGUAUAACGUCUGUGUAGGAGGUUAGCUAUGUUUUUAAACACGUCUUCUUGUGGACAGUGUGUAUGUGUGUGAUGUAGUCGAGAGCCAGUCAACGGCUAACCUGCUUUCCGCUCCAUGUAUGGUGAUGUACACCAAGCCAGCGUGCCUCUGGCGCUUUUCUUUCGAUGCACUUGUCGGUCCGACCUGUUGUUCCAGAAAGCCAACUCUGUGUUUUAUUAGCACGAGCUGCUCCAUAUAAUCAGAUAUGUCGUGUUGGAACUUGGAAGACUUUGAAUGUUGUCCAAGUUUAGUGUGCUCGCCUUUAAGCCCUGACCAUUUAGAUGCUGCUGCUGUGGUUUCAGUUUAAAGAAAGGAUUUUGUUUGUAAAGGUGGAUUGCACUGUUACUGCGUUGACUUUGUCAUGUCGAUGCACGCACACACGGGUAGACACGUUUCCCAUUCACCUAUACGUAUGUGUGAUGCAUUGCUUUUUUUUUUUGUCAGUGAGCAAGGCAUCUGUUUGUUUAUCUUGUUCACUCCCAAUGUGAAUAUACUGCAAAUUAAAAGUUUCAGUAUGUGAUUGCUGAACUCA